AUGUGUCGCCAAUACUACACCCUCUACGAAUGGUGCCAUUGCGAGGAAGACGCCGGCCACAGCGUCUGCUCCGGCCAUCGUCGCAAUAGUUGUCCCGGUGUCAGCAUCGAAACCGUCCACAUGCACUGCUUCUGCAAUUCCCACGCCAGACGUGGCUUCAAGACGGAGAAAGAGACUAAAAAGGACGAGAAGAAAACGCGGCGCCGGUCUCAGGAUUCCUUUGAGGAGAAGGCUUCAUUCGGUCGUCGGUGGUACCAAUGGUAUCAAUGGAGGGGAUUGCGAUCGCGGUAG